AUUUGAAUGGUAAAACGUGCGCUCAGCCAGGCCCCGGUCGAGUCCAGUUAAGUCUAGAGACACUAGAGACCAAAAAAAAGAGUCCGCCACCAGUUAGCAGCUGAUUUGACAGUUGGCCAUCCGCAGCGAAGUUGGCAAAACGUUAGUUAGAUGUGACUGUGAUUUAGUUAAAGCAUACUAAUAUUCAACAUUCAAUUGAGAAUACAUUUAAUUGAAUAUAUGAAUUGUGUUGUGCACGUGUUUAAUCAAGAAAUUUAAUAACUGUUUCCCAUACAAGUAUUAAAUUCCAAUGCAAGCCCAAGGAUAAUAAUAGUGUUUCAAUAAAUGCAUUGAAAGUUCAAUAGAAGUGAAGCAUUUUGCGUGUCGCUCAAAGCUUGAAUAAUUGCCAGUGAAAUAAUAAUAUUACACGUGCAGGAAAAUUCAUUCGACUGACUUCAAGCGGACCCAAAUAAUUGUACAAAAAUGGAGUAUCUCUCACAGUUUUACGAUGGCUGGCGGGAUCUUAUGGACAACAAAUCAGAUCCCCGCACCCGUGACUAUCCGCUCAUGAGCUCGCCGUUCCCAACGAUAGCGAUCAGCUUGGCAUACGCAUACUUCGUAAAGGUGCUUGGACCCAAGCUGAUGGAGAACAGAAAACCCUUCGAGUUGCGCAAAGUUCUGAUCAUCUACAAUGCAGCACAGGUUAUUUUCAGCGCGUGGCUGUUCUACGAAUCUUGCAUAGGUGGAUGGCUGAAUGGCUACAGCUUGAGAUGCGAGCCGGUUGAUUAUUCCUAUUCACCGCGAGCGAUACGUACUGCAUGGGGCUGCUGGUGGUAUUACUUCUCCAAGUUUACCGAGUUCUUUGACACGUUCUUCUUUGUGAUGCGCAAACGGUACGAUCAGGUGUCCACGCUGCAUGUGAUCCAUCAUGGCAUUAUGCCCGUCUCCGUUUGGUGGGGCGUCAAGUUUACGCCUGGCGGACAUUCGACAUUCUUUGGAUUCCUCAACACAUUCGUGCACAUCUUCAUGUAUGCGUACUAUAUGCUGGCCGCGAUGGGACCGCGAGUGCAGCGUUAUCUCUGGUGGAAGAAAUAUCUGACCGUGAUGCAGAUGAUUCAGUUUGUGCUGGUCAUGGUGCACUCGUUCCAGCUGUUCUUCAAGAACGACUGCAACUAUCCCAUUGGCUUUGCCUACUUCAUUGGCGCACAUGCGGUCAUGUUCUACUUCCUGUUCUCCAACUUCUACAAGCGCGCCUAUGUGAGGCCCGAUGGCAAGGACAAAUCCGCUGUCAAGGCUAAUGGUCAUGCCAAUGGCGCCGUGAAGCAGUACAAGGAUGGGGAUGUUGCCUCCCGUAAUGGCCAUGCGGGUGGCCCUGUCAAUAGAUUCCACAAUACCUUCUCGAAGUUCACGACCCAGAUGUGCAAUCCGGCGCUGAACUCGUCCACGACGCGACAACGUGUCCUGAUCAAUGCGGGCAACAAAUGAAGCCGUCGCUAGCCAAUCAGCCAGCCAGCCAACCAAGAAACAAAGCAUAAAUUAAUUAAAUGUAACAAUUAAAUUACCGUAACAUUAAAUUAAACAUAAGCAUAGGGAGUCCAAGCCUAAUUCUAAGCCAAAUCGACAACGAAAUUUAUAUUGAAACAGAAAACAAAAAAACAAAAUAAAUUCAAGAAAAAAACAAUACAAAA